AUGGCUAAUGAAGAUUCACCCUCAUUCAGCUUGGGAAUUUCACAAAUUGAAACACAAAAAUCUGUUCACGAUAGUAAUCACGUCUUGAGUUUUACUCCGGACAAUUUUGAUUACACCAAAUUAGGUUUUAGUGAAAAUCGAUCAAAGCAAAGGAACGACCCUGAAAAAUUGAAGAUUUUAAGAGAAGCUUUUGCUGCUAAAAAUCUGACAUGCAAAUGGAAGAUCGGGAUAAAAUUGAACAAAUUCUCAAAUCUCCGUCGGAGCAGCAAGGUGAUCUCCAUUGCUACCACAAAUGCGAGAGACUUGGGGAACAUAUUGUCAUCCCUUACUGAUAACGAUGCUACCAGGGUAAUAGGCAAGUUGAUUGCAGAGCGAUCAAAUGAAUCUGAUGUCUACGUCAUUGCAUAUGAACCCGAGAAGAAUGAGCGAAUAAAGGGCAUACUUGGGAUUAUUCUUGAUACUAUUCAAAAAAAUGAAAUCAUAUUUGUGUGA